GUGCCUGCGUGUGAACACAUACAAACAGGCUGGACUUGAGACUGAUCUGCAGGCUUCCGAAAACCCGAGCUCUAGGCUUGUCUCCUCGUGCAGUCCUGGAGCUCUGACGGUCCUCUUCCUUCGGACGAUGGAUGAGCAGUCGCAAGGCCUGCAGGGGCCGCCUGUCCCCCAGUUCCAGCCCCAGAAGGCCUUGCGGCCGGAUAUGGGCUACAACACGCUGGCCAACUUUCGGAUAGAGAAGAAGAUCGGCCGCGGGCAGUUCAGUGAGGUGUACCGGGCGGCCUGCCUGCUGGACGGCGUCCCGGUGGCUCUGAAGAAGGUGCAGAUAUUUGACUUAAUGGACGCCAAAGCCCGUGCCGACUGCAUCAAAGAAAUAGACCUGCUCAAGCAACUCAACCAUCCCAACGUGAUUAAAUAUUAUGCGUCAUUCAUUGAAGAUAACGAACUCAACAUAGUUUUGGAAUUAGCCGAUGCUGGUGACCUAUCCAGGAUGAUAAAGCACUUUAAGAAGCAGAAGCGGCUGAUCCCGGAGAGGACGGUGUGGAAGUACUUCGUGCAGCUGUGCAGCGCCCUGGAGCACAUGCACUCCCGCCGCGUCAUGCACCGAGAUAUCAAACCGGCCAACGUGUUCAUCACGGCCACGGGCGUGGUCAAGCUCGGGGACCUGGGCCUCGGCCGCUUCUUCAGCUCCAAGACCACCGCGGCGCACUCCUUAGGCUGCCCCUGCACCUGCCUCCCCUCCUUCUCACUGGGUGUGUUUUGCAGUGGGCACCCCAUACUACAUGUCUCCCGAGAGAAUACACGAAAACGGCUACAACUUCAAGUCGGACAUCUGGUCUCUGGGCUGCCUGCUGUACGAGAUGGCCGCCCUGCAGAGCCCCUUCUACGGCGACAAGAUGAACCUGUACUCGCUGUGCAAGAAGAUCGAGCAGUGCGACUCCCCGCCGCUGCCUUCCGACCACUACUCGGAGGAGCUCCGGCAGCUGGUGAACAUGUGCAUCAACCCCGACCCCGAGAAGCGGCCGGACAUCGCCUACGUGUACGACGUGGCCAAGCGGAUGCACGCGUGCACCGCGAGCAGCUGAGCCGGGGCGUGGACAGCCCAGCGCCCCAGAGCCUCUCCUGCAGCUCAGACCCCGGCGUCGGUCUGGGGGCGAGACGACUCCUCAGAGCUCGGCGCUUGGAACCCUUCCCCGUUUUCAGAUCAGCUUCAUUGUCCCCAUGUCAGUCGCCUUCCUGCAAACCCAGUGACUUGGGAGUAAUCGGAUUGCAUGUUGGGAGAGUGAGCGGCACAGGAUGGUUCUCGGGCUGAAGAUGGGAGACUCAGCGAGGUUUCUCCUGACGACUCGUGUGGGGACCGACUCUCA